CUAAUUAUUCAAUCAAUUUUAUUAAAAUUAUUUACAAAAAUAUUAAUUUUUAUCUGUUCAUCUGUUUUUUUCUUCUUAUAGAAUUAGAACCAGCUUUUCCCUAUAGAGAUGUAACCAUACAGAGAGGAGUAGAUGCCAAUGAACUAUAUGAAAUACUAGGCGAAGUGGGCAGAGGCAAAUUUGGCACUGUUUAUAAAUGUCAGGAUAAAAGUAACAAUUUAAAAUUGGCUGCCAAAUUUGUACCCAUACCGAAGCGUGAAGAUCGUCGUAAUGUUGAACGUGAAGUGGAAAUUAUGAAUUCGUUGCAGCAUCAUUUGAUUAUACAAUUAUAUGCGGCGUAUGAAUAUCAGAAAAUGAUGUGUGUCGUCCAGGAAUUAGUAGAAGGUGGUGAACUAUUCGAUCGUGUAGUGGAUGAUGAAUUCGUUUUAACGGAACGUGUCUGUGUCGUCUUCAUACGUCAGGUGUGUGAGGCCAUGGAAUUUAUACAUCGCAAUAAUAUUUUACAUUUAGAUUUGAAACCAGAGAAUAUUUUGUGUUUAACCCAGGAGGGUAAUCGCAUUAAAAUCAUAGACUUUGGUUUAGCAAGAAAAUUUGAUCCAGACAAAAAACUACAGAUUCUGUUUGGCACACCGGAGUUUGUAGCACCAGAAGUAGUUAAUUUUGAUAGUAUAUCGUAUGCCACAGACAUGUGGAGUGUGGGUGUCAUAACUUAUGUGCUCAUCUCUGGCCUGUCGCCCUUUAUGGGUGAAACUGAUAUCGAAACAAUGGCAAAUGUAACAAUUGCCAAGUAUGAUUUUGAAGAUGAAUCCUUUGCCAAUGUAUCGCCUGAGGGUAUUGAUUUCAUAUCAAAACUAUUAGUAAAAGACUUGAGCACCCGCAUGACAGCUGCCCAGUGUUUGAAACAUAAAUGGUUACAGAGACGUCCUAAAAGUCCGCCCAAAGUUGCGCCGAAACCUUUAAAUAUACCACCGGUCCAAUUGAAAGCUAGCACUCCUUCACCUAUACCGCCAAAUAUCGAUAAUGAUGAUAGUUCAGUCACGUUGACUCAUGAAGAUGAGGAAGAGGAUUCGUCGGGGACAAAGGAAUUGGACACAACAAAGGAUAAUCUUAAAAAUUUCAUAGAACGCUGGGAGGAACAUCCCAAUAGUCCGUAUGUGUUUGAUGUCGAGGGAAAUGUAAUUGCGCCGCUAAGCGAAACUGAAUAUAAACAGCCCCAUGGUGCUGACAGUAUAUCAUCGUCAAGAGUAUGUUCACCCUCGCCUUGUGAAUCGCUGGCCACCGUAACCGAUGAUGAAACUGCUCAUUUCUCAGAAAUUGUCGAAGAAGAGGAACCUCCUACACCCAUUAAUGAGUCCAAGGAAAAACUUUUCCCUACUUCCAGCGGCACAGCAACUCCAACACCUUCUAUGCAAAAUCUGAAUUUCGGUUAUCCUUUCGGCAGUAAAGUGGAUGAAUUUAAUGGCAGCAGCAUGAAUUUACAGCAACGUUCUUUGAAAUCCUAUCUUCAUACAUUCGAUCGUAGAAAUUCGGAUACAAAUUAUUUGUUGGGCAGAAGAUCUUCAGGAGAACGUGUUAAUUUGGCAGAUGAGAUUAAAAAACUAUCCGAUCAUUUGUUAAUGUUGGCGGAAAUUAAUAAUAAAUUCAGCAAAGAUGUGCAAAAACAACAGGGUGAGGAGGAAAGUCAAGACAAGGAGGAGAAGAAGUCCAAGAAAACCAAAGAAACGGGAGCUGAAAAGAAAACUACAACAAAAACAUCUUCCUCCAAAACAAAAGACACUAGUAGUGAAGUUAAGUCUUCUAAAGUCAGCAGCCAUAAAACCAGCAGCACUGCUACUACCUCCAGCAAAACUGUGGAAAAUUCAAUGACAACAACAACAUCCUCGAAUUCUAGCAGUUUCUUUAGUAACUUAAAUCCCGGCAAAAGUCGGACUAGUACAUUAAGCUGGCGUCUGCAGCAAUCCAUAGAGGAGACACCCAAACUAAAUACCACCAGCUGGUCCAAUAAAUCUACAGCCACCAGCAGUUCCUCCACUACCACCAAAAAGUCCUCAGUCAGCACUAUUUCAACGCAAAAUACCAAAACCUCCAAUGAUCACAAAAUCCAGGAGGCGGCCAGCAUAAGAAGAGCCAAAUUCCGUAUCAAUCAAAUGAGUCGUGAUGUACCCAUAGGCCUGCCCGACACCCAUCAAAGUGUUAAUCUAGAAGAGGCCGCCAACAAUACCAAAGAUUGUCUCUUACAUUUGCUGGAAAAGUAUAAUGACACCAAAACCCGCAAUCCCCUGGGACGUCAUCAAAGUAUCAGUGUAGACUGCAAUGUACGCGAUAAUUUGGAAUAUCGUUCCAUGAGUUCGAUAAAUGCCUUCUUUCAAAGACAUAACAACAAUGGAGAAAUGGUAAAACAAUUACAGGCUCAAUUAAAGGAAAAAACUGGUGAAUCAUAAUAUGUCCCCAGGGGUCUAACUACACCCGAAGGUGUACAAUAUGGAUAUUAAAUUUGCAUGAAUAAAUUCCUAGUCUUUAAUAGUUUAAUUCAAAUAAUGCUCAAAAUCUAAACAACAACAACAACAAAAAACAGUUAUUUAAUGCUUAAGCAAAUCUUUAAAAUCUAUUUGUUAAUUAAAUAUUUUAUUAUUUAUUUUAGUUAGAUUUGUAAAUAAUAAUAAAAUGAUUUAUUAAUAAAGAAUGUGAAUUUUAAAUUGUGGAACCAAAA